AUGGCUGACUUGCCUAAGGAACGCAUCCACGCAUCGCGCCCCUUUAUCGUUACGGGCAUAGGCUACUGUGGACCAUUUUAUUUCAAACCCGAAACGCGUAAGAAAGCACCUCAAAAAUGCUAUGUUAGCGUAUUCAUUUGUUUCGCCACAAAAGCCGUGUGGAUGGAACUGGUGAAAGAUCUUUCAACAGGCUCUUUUCUUGAUGCACUUAAGCGCUUUAUAGCUACUCGUGGCAUACCAAGUUGCAUUUGGUCAGACAAUGCUACAAAUUUUGUUGGCGCCAAGAACGAGCUGAAGGAUUUACGAGAGCUCUUUCUUAGUGAAAAUCAUCGCAAUCAAGUUCACGCUUACUGCCUCAAUAAUAUGAUAGAUUGGCGUUUCAUGCCUCCUCGAUCACCACAUUUCGGUGGCCUGUGGGAGGCAGCAGUAAAAAUGGCAAAAAGGCACUUCUAUCCCUCCGUUGGUUCAUCACUUCUCGGUUUUGAAGAAUUACAAAAUCCAGAAGAUUGUCACUGGGACAGACGGGGUCGCAAGAGUAGCCGUUCUUCGUACUUCUACCGGCAUGACGCGUCGAGCCAUCAACAAACUGUGCGUUUUACCUGUCAAUGA